GACCACGUACUGCGCAGUUUAGCGCCUAUGAUAAAAUCGUCAAGAUGUGUUGUAGAAGAUGGCCCAAAGCAAAUUGGAAUUAGGCAGUAAAGAAGAAAUGGUGAACGCCUAAUCCGACGCUGCAACGGAUAAUCAAAACUCAUAAGAUUGCAGGAGCCUCUAGGAUUCCCAUACAUACAGUACCUUUGCUACCCUGCUGUCCCUGCCUAUCGCCUCCGAUUGAACGUGCCACGCUUUGGCCAAGGUGGCGCGACGUGAUACAGCAUUUUGCCUAUGUUUAUUCAACUGAUAAAGACAGUUACUUGGGAACGCUAGCGAAAUCGCUACAAAGUUGGUUCACUUUCGCGCCGUCCCCUACGAAUAAGAAUACUGCAGUACGAGUCGCCGUUGGCGUGCAGUGCAAAAGUACUUGUCCACACAACAUGGCGCUUCAUUCGGGAAAGCUGUUUUUAGUGCUCGUUCUGGUGGGACUGUGCUCGUUGGAGUUUUCUGUUGGACAAGCGGUAUCCCUUAUUAGCUGUCCGGGACCCAACGAGCAGUACACCGACUGUGGUCCAGUGUGCGGCGAUCGGCUGUGUAGCAAUUUCCGCGACGGCUCCGUGCCGUGUCUGAAAUCCUGCGGCUCAGGCUGUUACUGCGAGCCGGGGUACGCGCGCAACAAGAGCUACAAGUGCAUCGCAGCGUACCUGUGCCCUUUCUUUGGCUAACGGUUGGGAGCUAAUGUGUUCCACGACCAGCUCUCCACCCAACGAGUCAUGAAACGUUGAAAACAUGGAAAUGAAAUACGAAAAACAAAAACCAUUA